CCUCACAAACCAGGAGCAACGAUCCAGGAUGGAAGUAUAAUGUUUUGAAAGAUAAAAAUGACAAAAAUUGUGUGAUUUGCAUUUUCUGCAACAAAGUAACCAGAGGGGGAAUUUAUCGUGCGAAGCAACAUAAAAUUGGAGGUCAUACAAAUGUGAAAGCAUGUACUAAGUGUCCACAAAAUGUCAAAGAUGAAUUGAGAGCAUAUGUCGAGAUCCAAAAGUCAAAGAAAAACCUUGAUGAUUUCCAUGACUUGGAUUUUGAACAAGGUGGAUUUGGUGAUGACGAAAUGAAUGAGGAUGAGGUAAUGGAGAUACCUAAUGUUCAAAAGAAAAGGACUGGAAUUAGUAUUGGAGGAGUUGAUAAAAGAAAGAAGUCAAAUGUGAAGGGUCCACUUGAUUUGUUAAUGUCGAAAGAUAAAGGAAAAUAUGUUCAAACAAGCAUAAAUGAUGCUUGCGACAAAGAGCUUUGAGGAAGAACGGUUCAAAAAACUGCUGCGUUUUUUUUUUACCAAGCGGGCAUAGCAUUCAAUGUUGCUAAGUUAGAUAGUUUCAAAGAGAUGAUUGGAGCUAUUGAAAACUAUGGGCCAAAUCUCAAGCCUCCUAGUUAUCAUGAGUUGCGAGUUCCACUUCUAAAGAAUGAGGUAGACAAUGUAGAGAAGUGGGUUGAAGGGCAAAAGGUGGAGUGGUCGAAAUUUGGAUGUUUAAUUAUGUCAGAUGGUUGGACGGAUCGAAAACAUAGGACAUGGAUCAACUUUUUGGUCAAUAGUUCUAAAGGGACUAUGUUUAUGGAAUCCGUUGAUGCUUCAUCUUAUACGAAGAUGUGGGAGAAGUUGUUUGACCUACUUGAUAAAAUUGUGGAGCGUAUCGGAGAAGCUAAUGUUGUUCAAGUUAUCACAGAUAACGGAAGCAACUUUAAAUUAGAUGGCAAGCUAUUGAUGGAAAAAAGAAAGCACUUGUUUAGGACACCGUGUGGAGCUCAUUGUUUAGAUAUCAUGCUUGAGGACAUUGCCAAGAUUUCUAAAGCCAAAGCAACCAUUGAAAGAGGAAUCUUUGUUUUUGGUUACAUCUACAACCACUGUGGCGCUUUAAACUUGAUUAGGGAGUUCACAAAAAAACAAGGAGCUGACAAGAAGUGGGGUUACACGAUUUACAACAACGUAUCUGACCCUACAAAGUUUGCAUAGGAAAAAGGCUCCAUUGCGAAAUAUGUUUGCAAGUGAAAAGUGGGUCAAUAGCAAGUGGGCAAAGGAUCGAAAAGGAACAAAGUGUAAUGACAUUAUUUUCACACCUGGUUUUUGGAGUAACGUUCUUUUCAGUCUCAAAGUGAUGGGCCUCAUAGUUCGAGUACUUCGUUUAGUGGACAAUGAGAAGAAACCCGCAAUGGGUUAUAUUUAUGAAGCUAUAAAGAGAGCAAAAACAACAAUAGCAAUGGCUUUAGGCGAGGAGAGCACCGACUACAUGAUGGUGUCAAGCAUAAUAGACAAAAGGUGGAAUUGUCAACUCCACUAUCCAUUACAUGCAGCGGGUUACUACCUUAAUACAGAGUUUUAUUGUACCAACCCGGACAUUGAGAAUAACAAAGAGGUCUCCGAUGGAUUGAUUGAGUGCAUUAAAAGGCUUAUCCCUAACAAGGAAAAACAAGAUAUUAUCAUGAAGGAAAUGGUGAUUUGGGUGAACCAAGAGGGCUCGUUUGGCUUAGAGAUGGCAAAGCGUGGAAUUGGUAAUAUCGCUCCUGAUAAGUUAUCUAAUUUUGAAUUAUUUUAUAUUUAAAUUUUAUUGUUUGUGUUGAAUUUGGUAUUUGUUAUCAGCUGAAUGGUGGAAACUAUAUGGGAAAGGGACCCCAAAUAUUCAACAAUUGGCUAUUAAAAUUCUUAUUUUAACUUGUAGUUCCUCGGGAUGCAAAAGAAA